GAGACCACUGGGCUACCCUCUUGGGCGCGGGCGCUGUCAGGCUUGGACAACUGGGGGCCUCCAAGGGGUGGUCCCCAAGGAUCGAACCACACCUCGAGUCUCGGGAAGGGAGACCUAUUGGUGUGGUGCUUUCUGAAAGGCCUAUGAAACCUACAUAGUUAAAGCAGCAGGAUGCUUCUCCUGUCGGAUGUGUGAUGAGGAGAAGAGCUUGGCCUUGGAGUGCUGGGAACCUGAGCAGCUGCUGAGGACUCGGACCCCAGCCUUGACCACCCGUGCGCCCACAACACAAUGAACAAACUGAACUUCCAUAACAACAGAGUCAUGCAAGACCGCCGGAGUGUGUGUAUUUUCCUUCCCAAUGAUGAGUCUCUGAAUAUCAUCAUAAAUGUUAAAAUUCUGUGUCAACAGUUGCUGGUCCAGGUGUGUGACCUGCUCAGGCUAAAGGAUGGCCACCUCUUUGGCCUCAGUGUUAUACAAAAUAAUGAACAUGUGUAUAUGGAAAUGCAACAAAAACUUUAUAAGUAUUGUCCAAAAGAAUGGAAGAAAGAAGCCAGCAAGGUACGACAAUACGAAGUCGCUUGGGGUAUUGACCAGUUUGGGCCUCCUAUGAUUAUACAUUUCCGAGUUCAGUACUACGUGGAGAAUGGCAGACUGAUCAGUGACAGAGCAGCAAGAUACUAUUAUUACUGGCACCUGAGAAAACAAGUCCUUCAUUCGCAGUGUGUGCACCGAGAGGAGGCCUACUUCCUACUGGCAGCCUUUGCCCUGCAGGCCGAUCUGGGGAACUUCAAAAGGAAUAAGCACUAUGGAAAAUACUUUGAGCCAGAGGCUUACUUUCCGUCUUGGGUUGUUUCCAAGAGGGGGAAGGACUACAUCCUGAAGCACAUUCCAAACAUGCACAAAGAUCAGUUUGCACUGACUGCUUCCGAGGCCUAUCUUAAAUACAUCAAAGAGGCUGUCCGGCUGGAUGACGUCGCCGUCCAUUACUACAGAUUGUAUAAGGAUAAAAGGGAGAUUGAAGCUUCACUGACCCUUGGAUUGACCAUGCGAGGGAUACAGAUUUUUCAGAAUCUCGAUGAAGAGAAACAAUUGCUGUAUGAUUUCCCUUGGACAAAUGUUGGAAAGUUGGUAUUUGUGGGAAAGAAGUUUGAAAUCUUGCCAGAUGGCUUGCCCUCUGCCAGGAAGCUUAUAUACUACACGGGGUGCCCCAUGCGCUCCAGACACCUCUUGCAGCUUCUGAGCAACAGCCACCGCCUCUACAUGAACCUGCAGCCCGUCCUGCGCCACAUCCGAAAGCUGGAGGAAAAUGAAGAGAAGAAGCAGUACCGGGAGUCGUACAUCAGCGACAACCUGGACCUGGACAUGGACCAGCUGGAGAAGCGCUCGCGGGCCAGCGGGAGCAGCGCGGGCAGCGUGAAGCACAAGCGCCUGUCCCGGCACUCCACCGCCAGCCAUAGCAGCUCACACACCUCGGGUAUCGAGGCGGACACCAAGCCCCGGGACGUGGGCCCGGAGGACAGCUACUCUGGCAGCGCCAUGCACCGUAAGCUGAAGACCUGCAGCUCCAUGACAAGCCACGGCAGCUCCCACACCUCAGGGGUGGAGAGCGGCGGCAAGGACCGGCUGGAGGAGGACUCGCAGGACGAUGAAAUUGAGAUGCUGGUGGAUGACCCCAGGGACCUGGAGCCAAUGCACGAAGACUCUCUGGAAGUCAGUCCGGACAUGUGCAUCUACAUCACAGAGGACAUGCUGCUGUCCAGGAAGCUGAACGGACACUCCGGGUUGAUUGUGAAGGAAAUUGGUUCUUCCACCUCCAGCUCCUCAGAGACCGUGGUCAAACUUCGGGGCCAGAGUACUGAUUCCCUUCCACAGACUACAUGUCGAAAACCAAAGACCUCCACCGACCGACACAGCCUGAGUCUUGAUGACAUCAGACUUUACCAGAAGGACUUCCUGCGCAUCGCAGGUCUGUGUCAGGACACAGCUCAGAGUUACACCUUCGGGUGUGGCCACGAACUGGACGCCGAAGGGCUCUACUGUAACAGUUGCCUGGCACAGCAGUGCGUCAACAUCCAGGAUGCUUUUCCAGUCAAAAGAACCAGCAAAUACUUUUCCCUGGAUCUCACGAGGGAUGAGGUCCCAGAGUUUGUUGUAUAAAGUCCAUCCGUGCGCAGCCUCGAGGGGAACUUGCUGUUUGCCGGAGGCCGGAGGAGUCCUGGGUUCUGUACGAUUACUUGUGCCAUAUUGUCUUUACCCCAAACAUAGCUCUUUCUUUAUAAUAUUUGUGAUGGAAACAAAAGCCUUGGGACGAUUGCACUUUAAGUAUUAUGCAAAGAUAAAAAGAACUAGAGAAUGUACAGCAAGACAAGUGCCCACGUGUUGACUCUUUGGGAGAAAACGUGCUUUACUGGUUUGAAGCCUUAGACUGCCAGAGUAUGGUAUUUGUUGCUCAUUUGUCUUUCUUACUUCAGUUAAGCGCAGCGCCUUUAUCACGUGAAGGAUGUUAGGCGUCUCUGUUUGCUGAACUUUGUUUCACUCCUCCCUCCUGAAGCAUUCAUGGUCUGAGGGAGGAGAGAGGGAAGGGUCUCUCUUCUUUGACGGAGAGACCACUGCUCGGUGACUGGCGGCCUCCCUGAGGCUGUCCCAAAGUGAACACUAGCAGAAUGACCAACCUGCGUUUUUAUAGCAAGCCAAAGAUCUGUGCAGAACGGGAGCACCGCUCAGAGCCAAGAUGGUGCAACUUAAGCAAUAACCAGGAGACUGUGCUUGAUGUCUUGUGGCCCCUCAUGUUCUCUUCCAGAAAGCUCUUGUUCUUCCUCGUGUGACAGAUGAGUUAGGUUGUGACAUAAUUCGUUUUUGUAGAGUUUACAAACUGGUGUGUAGUAAGACAACAGAAAGCUCUCAAAAAAAUAGUUGGAUUGUUUUGUUAUUUUUACUUAACAAAGUCAAGUUAUGGUGAUGCUAGUUUGUGCUUAACCAAAAUACCCUAACUCUGUGUAUAUGUUAUACAUAUAAAAACACAUGGAACUGUGCGUGUUUAUAGGUGCCUGGAGCUUACUAACUUCAUUUUGGCUCUCAUGACUGUGUUGCAUUCCUAGAGGUCCUUCUGCAGUACGGAAGAGUUGUCACUGAGUGAAUGCCACCCACAGAUAAUCGGUGUCGAUUGUGUGUUAAGAGUGACCUUUUCCUCGUGUGCCUUGGGCCAUGAUUCUCAAGUCUGAGUGCAUCAUAGGAUUCUCUGAGGAGCUUUUAAAAGCAGUAAUGUCGGGGGCCCACUCCAGACCAGAUAAGUCAGUCUCUGGCGGGCAGCACCCAGGUGGAAUUGCCUUUUCUUUCAAAGUUUUCUACCUGGAGCUAAAACACAACAGGUUUGAAAACCACUGAUCCACAGGGUGUCAUUUUGUUAAUUGUGAAGUAAAAGUAGGCAGGAGACGUAGGGAAAGGGCCACUUAAGCAAGGGCCACUGUUGCGCCGCUGUGACCAUGCGCCAUGAAGCCAGCCAGGGUGACCCGUCCGCGGGCCUUCCGUGUGCAGGAACAGCGCCGCUCACCCUUCCCGACAGAGCUUCGUAGCACAAUGUCUUUCUAUGGGAUGUUUUUAAUGAUUUCGUAUUUUACAACAUUUGUUUACCAUAUUUUGAUAUACCAUUUUUGCUAUCUGCCAGGUUUUAUUAAAAAAAAAAACUAUGUAUUAUUUUCUAAAGAAACACUCAUAUUUUUGUACAAAAGUAUGCUUUCAGGUACCAAGAAAUAGCUGUAGGGUAGAACAGGGCGUCCCGUAGUGUUACCUGCGGAGAGGAGGCCGGCUCCACACAGACAGUGCCCGUGACCGCGCUGACUCGUGCAGGGCGCCUCACCCAGGGAGUCUCGCCGGACACUAAGAGGGAAUGAAAAGUUCUGCAUGGUUCUAAAUUCAUGAAAUUAUUUUGCUUUCAGUAAAUGCUUUAAGAAAAAAAAGAAAACCAAAGUUUGAUACCAGAAUGUACAAAAGUUUCACUCUUUAGAGAAGGAUAAAAAACGAAGGGAUCAUUUCAUGACUGUUUGGCUUCUCAGUCACUAAAUAAUCCACUGUUUCUUAGGGAGCAGUGGUGGCGAACCCGCAUGCCACAGUGGGCUGCGUGUGUUAUUGAAAACUAAAAGGUUCACCAUCACUGCAUGAUGCUUAAGAGACAAAUCCUGUUGUAAUUAUUCCAAAAAGCCCAGAUCAUAAUGCCGUGCAUUUUCUUAGCCCUUAGUAUUUCUUGCAAAACAUUAAAAAAAAAAAAGUAUUUAAAUGAACAGGUAGUGCUUUGUACUUUUUCUCUACUUCAACCAGAAUCGUUGGAUUUUGCCAGCAUUUGGUGGUUUUGCACUCCCUCUUUCUAAUUGGAUUUAUGAAUAGUGGGUUUUCAAAAAUGAAACAUGCCAGGAAACAUUUUUUUUCCUUUUGACCUAUUGUUUGCAGCAGAAUUAUAUAUACGUGUGUAUGUGUGUAUAUGAAAAUCCACUUUCAAUCUACAUUUUUGUAUUUGGAAAUUGUUUUAAAAAAUAAAAGUAUAAAACUGUUAUUUAUUCUGCAUUUGUUACAUAGCCUUUAUAAGUAAUAUACCAGUUUGGUAUAUAUUGCCUCUAUACAUCAUUUACAUUUGUAUUUGCAAGAAUGAACUUUGUAUCUACAUAAACUGUAAAUAAUCCUUUCUGUGAAAGGAUCAUACUGGCAUGAUACCAAAAGUAUGUAAAAAAGAAACCCGCAUUGUUUUGUAAUUAUUUCUUAUUGGCAUUUCAUGGUUAAGCUUAGCAGUCAAUAAAGUUACUUUGUUUUUGCCUUUAA